UCGGGACUUUGAUCUUGAAUGUGAAAAUGCGACUGAUUUUCGAGCACUCUGUGAGCUGUUUUUCGGUGAGGAGGUCGGGAGCUGGGCUCAAGAACAUGCGGGGACUGCCGCAGCGCCUGUGGCGAGGUCAUCGGACGACGGGGUCUCAGCGAUGGAUGUCGACUGCGAGAAAAAUAUCGCGCAGGAUGGUGGAGAAAGUGCGUCAUCUUCUAAGGUGUUUAACACAGCAGGAGGUCGGGGUCGCCUUCCCGAUGGUUGUGGUAGACCUGCGGUGUCUGUCGCAUGCAAAAAGCGCGAAAGCGAAGAUUGGGUGCUUUUGUCGCAGGCUUUGUGCUAUGCGAUCGCGGCAAGUUGCUAUCUUGUAGGUCUGCGCUUCGCCGGGACGGGCCAUGCCGAAGCUAAACGCGUUUUACUUCUCAUGCUGAGGAAAUUCGCUAUGCGAGGUGCUGCAAUAGACUUAGCCGCAUGUCAUAGCAUGUGCGUCGUUGCUCUGGGGCUUCUGAUGUGCGGCACGGGCGACCUGGAGAGCUUCGCUCUGCUUCGCAGCCUGCGCAAGCAGAAAGCACUAGUAACCUACGGAGCUUGGGUUGCACUGCAUAUGGCCAUGGGCCUUAUCUUUCUGGGUGGUGGACAAUACACUUUCAAAAUAGACCACCAGAGAAGCGGAGGUCUUGACAAGUCAUUGUUUGCAAUCGCGUGUCUGCACAUGGCAGCGUACCCGCGCUUUCCUAGCUCGAUAAGUGACAAUCGCUAUCACUUACAGGCAUUGCGAUACUUCUAUAUUCUUGCAGCAUCUCCAAAACAGUGAGAUGAGACUCCCGAGCAUAUUCUUAGUCGCCUGGUGUAUUAAAGAACAACACUGCAGCGGGUACUGAAACUGCUGUACUUGUCUCUGCCGCUUGCCGCAAGAACUCCAUUCAUUUCUUUAUUCCUCGCUACACCUCCAGCGCACUUGGCUUUCGCUUCUAUCUUUACUGAAUGGAACCAAGCGUCUUGCUCUCCGUGACC